AUGCUUAGCAAACCCAAAGACACCUUUCCCGCCACCUUACCCACAAUCGAGUCUGACCGUUAUGUUGUGUUUGAGGUCCACCCUCCUGAUUUAUUCCGAGACUGUUACCGCAAGACGGCGUGCAUCGACGUUUCUGGGGCCAAGGGAGAAGCAGGCACAGACAAGCAGAAAAAUGGCCAAGCUGGUGGAAACGGCGGAAGCAUCUGGCUUUAUAUUGAAGAGCCAUCCUCUGACUUGAGCACCAAGCUGUCACUAAAGGCGUAUGGAGGAGACGGUGGCCAUGGCAUGAAUCAAACUGCGGAUAGCAAGGACUCUGGAGGGGAUGGAGGAAACGGUGGACUAUGCGGAGAUAUCUCGUGCUAUCUUGGCUAUGGCGCCGUGUCAUAUGGACGUUAUCUGUACAAGGCGACAUCCCAGACAACCAACUGGGGUGUCUACAUCAAAGAUAUUGCGACAGAUCUCACAAGUAAUUUGAAGAGCCUGGCGGCUUAUGGAAUCAGCCAGACCAUCAUUGAGGAAUGGAACAGUACAGUCACAGAUCACGCAAACCUGGCUGCAGCCGGCCAAAAGCUCAGGACAUCAUUGGAUAAGCUCAUUGAUGAGGACUCAUUGGAUCCAGACCAUGUUACUCCAUCUCAACCCACUUUACAAAGCGCUCACAAGCUAUUGGAAACUUUGAAAGCGCUGUUCGAUACUCACUCUCCACCUUGCGGAGAAAUCGGUUUGAAUAUUGGAGACUUCAACAACUUGGCGGACAGCUGCGACUCCUUUAGCGGCGCUCGAGAGAUGGAGCAGGCUCUUCAGGAGUCAUUGCAGAGCGUCAUGAAUGCAAUUGACAAGCUCAUUCAUGGUGAGAGUGCAGACCCCUCUUCUGCGCCGUUUAAGAAACAUCUUGAGAAAAUGCUCGAUGAGUUGCGGGAUGCAACCCAGCGCUUCAGAAACAUCUUGUUCGAAACUGUGUGUGAAUCAGCAGGAGGCCAGGGUGGUGCUGGUGGAACUGGUGCAACCCUGAAUAUUGCCAAUGGAAACCCUGGCAAAACGCAGCCUGAUAAGCCGACAGAAGUCCAGGUUCUCUCAUUUGAUGGGCUGAAGGCGGACUGCUAUAUCACUCAGGCAUGCGUGUUUCCGGAACAAUGCCAGAUGAUUCUGGAAUUGGCUGAUAACCUGUAUUUCACAAACGACUUGAGCAAAUGUCGUGAUGCUGCGGUGCUUUAUAGUCGCUUAACCCGCCGGCUCAAAUUUCUGGAUGUUCUCGUCAAGGAAAAGGAGGUACCCUUGGCCAAGGCGUACAGUAACCUUGAAUACCGAUAUGAAGUGACUGUGGAGUCACAGGAGCAACUAUUGCAUAUAUACACAGCUGCUCAGUUGCGCCUCAAUCAGUUAUUUCUCGGCCAGGACUUGUUUUGUCACGCCAAGUUCUGGGUCCCCCGAUUGUCCAUGACCUUUUACGAAGGAAGGGUUCAUCAGAUGCUCAACCACUACGCGCUGGUGACUGCGGCUUAUAAAAAAUACUCGGAGGAUAGGCAGAGGGAGCAGAUUUUGAAUAACCACAUCAGCAACCUCCAGCAGUCAAACCAGGCUACCCUUCAGGCGGCUAGGAGCCAAAUCAACUCCAUGACCGGGCCCGGCGGGGAGUUGGAUACGAUAGGAAUCACCAUCGUCCAAUACUCACCGCAAAUGGCUCAGGCACGGAGGAAGCUCGCCGACGAACUUGCCGACCUCAAAGGUUAUAUGGAGGCAACCUUUGAAUUCUCCAUGGACUCAUUCAUGGAUGCAUUGUCUGUACUUUCCAUGGCUCCCCACGGUCUCACCGCGGCUGUGCAGGGUGUGAACGUGGCGUACAAGUCCUGGACGACCAAGGAAAAUAUGGAAGGUAAUCCUGUGAAAAAGCAGUUCAUCGUCAGUCAGCUUGAUACAUGCACUGGGAGUGUGAAGAGCCUGGUGGAAACUUAUAAACAUCUUGACACAGGAGAGCUGGCCGUCGAUGACCCAGGAUACGCAAAGAUUGUCACAACAACCGACACGUUUCUCCUAGAACUCUCCAACAUUCUGAAGACUUGUGCGGGAGUAUCACAGCGCCUUGGAGAGAGAGCGUUGAAGCUCAAUCCACAGCUUCCAGCUAUUUACUACUGGAUCAAGCGAAUGAAGGCCAGCCUGGAGUUUGAUAUCAUGCAGCGACUGAAUUAUCAGGGACGCGCCCUUGCCUUCUGGGGCCCCAUGGAUAUUCAAGGCCUCAUCUCUACUCCCUCUGAGCUCCUUGACAGGGCAAUCGGUCUCUCUGAUGUGCAAAAUAAUCUGGAAAACAAAUUCGAGGAAUGCUACGGGAAAUUGCAGCAAGGGGCGUGGAACUUCUGGCCAGCGUCAAGGGAGCUUAAUCACCCUGGUCUUCUUAUCGACAUUACCGAUGACGUCCUGGAUGAUCUCAAGCAGAAGCCAGAUACAUUCUCAAACGCCGUUGAGGCCAUCUUCACAAUUACCCCCCAUUCUCUACCUGCGUUCUCGGAUAUGGCCAAUGUCCGACUCACCCAAGUCCGCCUCUGGCUGCUUGGUGCUACGGUCUCUCAAGGCUCAGAUGGAAAGUCCUUCUUGAGGGUCGAGCUCCAUCACAUGGGUAGGGAGACUAUCUGGGAUAUUGGCGGUACUCCUUAUCAAUUCAGCCACGACCCUGUGCAUCUCCAGUUUGUGUACGAUACCAACAACUUCAACAAGAAUAUGAAGGCCUCGGGAGAUCCAGAGCUGGUUCAAGGGCGACAAGCAAUUGAAAACGAUUAUGCAAUGGUUGGAAAGCCAACCAGUGAUGAUCGGCCGCCUCUGGGCCCUUUCACAGACUGGAGGAUCCAGAUCAGAGCGGACGCGAAUCAGGGCAUGGAUUUACUGGGGUUGACGAAAGUUUGGGUUGAAUUUUGUGGAAGGAAUUUGCCCGCGGAUGGUAAACUCAAGGAGCUGUCUUGA